UUUUCAGUUGGGGGUGGGAAGAAGGUUGCCUUCUUCCAAAGCUCCCGUGUACAUGGAAAGUGAAUUGUGAACCCCCUGAAUGAACAGCACAGGUUCUGACUCACAACUGCAGUCGCAGUGUUCCCAAAAAAAAAAAAAAAAAAAAAACACCAACCCAAGCAUGCCGUGACUCAAAGUAUAGAAAUGUUUGACUUCUGUAAGCCCAACUGAUGGAAAGAAAUUAUCCAUUUGAUAGAUUGAGAGCUUGACAAGAGGUUUUCUGUUGGAAUAUUCGUCACACAUUUAUGGCGAUUCUGAGCAUCAGGGCAGAUUUCUGCCAGGCCCAGCACAGCACCCUGGCUGACAAGUGAGCGUGUCCUACGUACCAUAAUUACUUUGCCUUGAAGACUCCAGACACAGCAGUCACCUUCAAAUAUAUGGGAUAUCUUCUGCAUAUUGGAAGCAUAUUCCUUUUACUGACUCAAGCAAAACUAAGCAUCAAGAAAACAAAGUGGAGAGAAGAUCUGCCCUUAUUUUUUUUGCCUCACCAGUGCCUAAAUGUAGUACAGGCUGCCUAGUCUUGCAUGUAGUCAGAAUUUUUGGAGUCUGAAGGAUACCACCUGCAGUUAUUGAGGCCUAAAUUGAAUUCAAGUGGAUUCUAAAGCAAACCUGGUUUCCUUGAAGUAAAAAAUCUUAAAGAACAAACAGGUCAUUAAAGAUAGUUCUGAUCAAGCCCAGGCAUUUUAGUGGUCUUUUUAAUGUUUUCUGCUGUGAAACAUUUCAAGGGUUAUUGAUAUUUUUUUUGCUCCCCACAUAUAUUUUUUUUGUUUGCCAUUAUGAACCGUCCAGCCCCGGUGGAGAUUACUUAUGAGAGUAUGCGUUUCCUGAUCACUCACAACCCAACCAAUGCAACCCUCAACAAGUUCACAGAGGAGCUUAAGAAGUAUGGAGUGACAACCUUGGUGCGAGUUUGUGAUGCCACGUAUGAUAAAGCUCCUGUUGAAAAAGAAGGAAUCCAGGUUCUAGACUGGCCAUUUGAUGAUGGAGCGCCACCCCCAAAUCAAAUAGUUGAUGACUGGCUAAACCUGUUGAAAACCAAAUUUCGUGAAGAGCCUGGAUGCUGUAUUGCUGUGCAUUGUGUUGCAGGAUUGGGAAGGGCACCUGUCCUAGUUGCACUGGCUCUCAUUGAAUGUGGAAUGAAGUAUGAGGAUGCAGUUCAGUUCAUAAGGCAGAAAAGGAGGGGAGCUUUCAAUUCCAAACAGCUGCUUUACCUUGAGAAAUACCGACCUAAGAUGCGAUUACGCUUCAAAGAUACCAAUGGUCACUGCUGUGUUCAGUAAAAGAAACCUUAAACGAAGGCUGAAGUUAUCAUGGCUGUUUUCUGGACUCUUGUCACCUGGAAAUGUGAAUCUGGAAUCAAACUACGUCGUCAAAUUAGUGGUGGAGUCAGUGCUCCUCAGCCUCUGUCCUAAUGGUGGUGAUGAUUUAAAAAAAAAUAAUAAAAUUAAAAAAAGAAACAUUUCAGUGAAGGAUUGUUUUCUCCUCAAGCUGCAGUUUGAAUAUCUGCCAGGAGAAAUCAGUUUCUGAACCUUCUGUAUUUUUAACUUUUUUUAAAAAAAUAAAAUAAAGUGAAGUUUAUGUCUAAGGAAAACCAGCAGAGCAUUGGGUUGUGCAGAAGCCAUUUUCUUGGUUCGGGGACAGUGCUUCAUAGUUAGGUCCUGGCAUGUGGAAUUUCCUUUGGGACGUCCCUUUUUUUUUUUUGUUUCCUUCCCCCGCAUUAUUUUUUUUUCCCCUUUCCUUGCUGAGAGCUGGCAGACAGAAAUAAGGAGGAGCCUUUGUUGCUGUAGGUGAGCAGUCUGACAGCCUUAAGUCCCAUUGGGCACUCUUUGAGAAAUAUAGUGGUGGUUGUGUUCUGUGUCUAUGUGGUAUUUAGACUUUUCGAAUGAGAGGAUGUUUUUGGUAGUUUUCUUUAACAGAAGACUCUCUUUUUCUAAUUGGUGGAGGUAAUAUUUUUACAAAUAAUGCUGUGUGUGUGUGUGGGCAUGUGUGCGCGCGCUUGACUAAAUCGUACUUCUCCAAAAAACUUGUCUGAGAAGUUAACUUUCUGCUACUUGGGUAGAAAAAUUAUUUCUUGGUGGAGGAAGAGUCAGACAUCCAUAAUCCAGAAGUGUCCUGGUCAACUAAAAGAGAUUCCAGACAGGGAGUUUUUAAUUCCUCUGUCCUAAGAAACAGAAAGGCUGUUGUGGUCAUUGUCCAGAUUAUCUCUGCCUCUUUGAACAUAAUAAACCAGGACUUGAAGUGUCUCAUUGGUACUGCAUGUGAGGCUCAGAUAAUGUAUAUGCAGUUUGGUCUCUGAAUAAAUGCCUGGUUAUGGGUAUUUUCCCAGACUGGUCCUCAUGUACAGUUCAGUUUAAUUACUGAUUGCCUUGUUCUUUUUUUCUUUACCAGACUCUUUCUGAGAGAGAAUCACUGGUUACACACCAACAAUGCCUAAUGUACAUACACUGUCAGUAGGCCGUAACUUACAGGGUGGGGAAAAUGCUGAUUUUGGGGGGCAGGGGCUGGAAUGUAUUGUUUAUGGACCAGUGCAGUAUUUUCUUUGCAGAGUCAUUGCUGGGUUCAGUGCACUAAUCAAGACUAGUCAGUUGCACUGCCUCUGAGGGGUCGUUUCAGUAAAACUGGUUUUACCAAAUGAAUUGUAAUGCCAGCUUAGUGUUCUGCCACGUUAGCAAUCUUGUGUGCUUUCAACUCAACACUGUGUUUGUAAUAGUGGUCAGCCACUGAGGACUUUGAACACAGGUUUAGGAUCGUCUUGUCUUGUGGUCUCUUGCUGUGCAGCAUCAAAGGCUUUCAUUUAUCUGUCCCAGCAGCAGUGCCAGCAAGUGCAGACUGAUACCCCCUCUUUACUAAUACCGCAGAUGCUGGUUAUGUGAACUGCAUCUAUACAAUAUUGUCCUAGUCCAAAGUUGUUUUUUUAAUUUCUAAUCUAACAAAACUGUGUAAACGCUUUCAGAAAACACAUAAUUGAUUUUAAAAUUCUAUUUCUAGAAGUGUGUUUAAGUUAAAACAAAAAAUGAUGGUACUACUCAAACCUUCCCACUUAAGGACAUGCCAAAAGAUCCCGCUGUAGGUUCAAGGCUAUAAAACACUGCACCCCCCCGCCCCCAAAGCUCAGAUACUGUACCGUGACUUGAGCUGUAUUAAUGUAGUAACAAACUCCUUCCUGCCUUAAAAUGUGUAAUGUGCUCAAUUUUUGUGUGUGUGUUGUAGAUAAAGGGGGCGCACAAGAGUGCAUGAUGCUAAUUCCUACUUGUUAGGAAAAUAAUUGAUGUUUGGUUCUGCGCAGGGGUACAUAAGGCUGGAAGCAUCUAAUAUUGGCCCUUCCCUCCCGAACGACAAACCAACAUUUUAAUUAUUCUCAGUUGGAUUUUUGUUUCUGCAAAAUUAAAAUCUUUGAUAUCGAACUGAAUAAAGUAUUGAUAGCUGAUGUCGGUUUGACAAAUGAGAGAUGUCAGGCUGGAGGGGAAAAGGGUUGUAGCCAGAUUGAAAACCAAAGCCUAGACCCUUUAAAGAACAAUAAAAAACCCUAUUUACA